GAGCGCGCGCAGCACGCUGAGGUGGGAGAGGAACCGAACCGAGCUGUAGAUAAAGGUGGACCGUUUUUUUCUCGAUGGUCCAGUGUGAACAGCUUAGUUCUGUUGCCAAACCCGCAGCUGGGCUCGUUCUGAAGGCUUCCACAGAGAACCAGCAGAUUUUUCACUUUCUUUAGGUGUUAAGAUGGGGAAUGGUUCGAUGAAAUCGAAGCGUUACAAACCCACCGACAACUCUGUUUCUGCCUCCAACGGUCAAGCACACAAAGAUCUCUGUGGCGCCUUCAAAAACUCGUCACUGGACUCCCUGAGGGCCCAGGUAGAGGAGCUGGAGCGAGAAGGAAGGAGGAAGGAUGAAGAACUUUGUGCCAAAGAGCAAACGAUCAGAGGUCUUCAAGAGCAGCUGGCCAAGCAGAUCCGGGUUGUGUCUGAGCUCAGCGAGGAACUGCAGAACAAGUGCAUCCAGCUCAAUAAGCUGCAGGAUGUGCUGAAGAGCGGGGCCCCGGCUGGACUUGCAUCACGACCACCUUCUGUCAAAGCCAGUGGAAAGAGCAGCCCCAAUCUGAGUGUCCACAUCAAGGAGACCCUGAACAGAAGGAAAGGAGCUAAAGCCGGAGUCUCGGCAGAACCCACUUCGAGCAGUCUGCCAAAGUUCUCCUUUGAGAAGGCUCGGGUACCAAAGGAUGCAAGUGUAAAGAAGCUGCUGACAGACGCUCUGAACAAGAACCAGUACCUGAAGAGGCUCGAGCUGCAGCAGAUCAAAGACAUGGUGGAGUGCAUGUAUGAGUGCAGCUACCAGCAGGGAGAGUACGUGAUCAAGCAGGGAGAACCUGGGAACCAUCUGUUUGUCCUGGCAGAUGGGAAGCUGGAAGUGUUUCAGCAAAACAAACUGCUCACAUCGAUAACGGUGUGGACCGCGUUUGGGGAGUUAGCCAUCCUGUACAACUGCACACGAACAGCAUCAGUCCGAGCGGUGAACAAAGUAAUGACGUGGGCUUUGGAUCGGGAAGCGUUCCAAAACAUCAUGAGGAGGACAGCUGAGACACGACACGAGCAGUACCGCAACUUCCUACGGAGUGUUUCACUCUUGGCUAAUCUACCCGAUGACAAGCUAAGCAAAAUAGUGGACUGCCUGGAGGUGGAAUACUAUGACAAGGGAGAAUACGUCAUCCGGCAGGGAGAGGAGGGGAGCACCUUCUACAUCAUUGCACAAGGAAAGGUGAAGGUGACCCAAAACACUGAGGCCCACAAGCUGCCACAGAUCAUCAACACACUGCAGAAGGGGGACUACUUUGGAGAAAAAGCACUCAUAAGCGACGACGUCCGGUCUGCCAAUAUCAUCGCUGAUGAGAAUGGGGUGGAGUGCCUUGUAAUCGACAGAGAGACAUUUGAUCACACAGUGGGUAACUUCAAUGAGCUGCAGAAACACCUUGAAGGCUACGUGGCGACACUUGAUCGUGACGACAAGAAGAGACAUGCCAAGAAGUCUGUGUCCCGGCACCAGAGUCAGCCGCUGUCCCCUGAUUUCAUCCAGCUGAACGAAAUCGUGUCAGUAUUCUCUUCAUCCAGGCCCUUUGAUCACCUUGAAGUCAUUGCUACUCUGGGGGUUGGCGGGUUUGGACGUGUAGAACUGGUAAAGGUGAAGGGUGAGGACCUGACCUUUGCGCUGAAGAUGAUCAAAAAGAAGCAUGUUGUGGACAACAGGCAGGAAGAACACAUCCACUCAGAGAGGAAAAUCCUCGCUGAGGCCCGCUCAUCUUUCGUUGUCAAACUGUAUCGCACCUUCAGGGAUAACAAAUAUGUGUACAUGCUGCUGGAGGCCUGUUUAGGUGGAGAGAUUUGGAGUCUCUUGAGAGACAGGGGGAGCUUCGAUGAGCCCACUGCCAAAUUCUGUGUCGGUUGUGUGACUGAGGCUUUUGAGUAUCUCCAUCGUAAAGGUGUCCUCUACAGAGAUCUGAAGCCUGAGAAUCUAAUGCUUGAUUCAGAGGGAUACAUCAAACUGGUUGACUUUGGUUUUGCCAAAAAGAUCCGAUCUGGCCAGAAGACUUGGACCUUCUGUGGCACCCCUGAGUAUGUGGCGCCGGAGAUCAUCCUCAACAAGGGCCACAACUUCAGUGUGGACUUCUGGGCCCUUGGUAUCUUGUUAUUUGAGCUUCUAACUGGCAGUCCUCCAUUCUCAGGAAGUGACCAGAUGAUGACGUAUACAUUCAUCUUGAAAGGAAUAGAGAAGAUGGACUUCCCCAAGAAGAUCACCAGAAGAUCUGAGGACCUCAUAAGGAAGUUGUGCAGGAGGAACCCUGCAGAGCGAUUAGGGAACCUUAAAAAUGGAAUAACUGAUAUCAAGAAGCACAGGUGGUUUAAUGGAUUCAACUGGGAGGGGCUAAAGGCGAGGACGUUGCCAUCCCCUCUAAAAAGAGAACUCAGCGGACCGACUGAUUUCAAUUACUUCGACAAGUACCCUCCAGAUGAGGACAGUCCUCCCGAUGAGCUGUCUGGUUGGGACAUGGACUUUUGAGAGGUUCUUUCUGGUGACUCCGCUGCUCGUUUUCUAAACCUGACUGGACUUCUAACUGACCCAACAUGGUCACAUGUAAGACUGACUCUGUAUUGGUGGUGUGUUAGCAAUAAAAUUACAAAUAAAGUGGCUUUAAGGUUCUCCACAAUAUGCUGCAGCUAAAUGCUGCAGAGAUGAUUAUGUUUUUGUGCUGCAGUUCACGAAUGUAUUAAAACCAUCUGAACCUCCUGUUAUAUCUUAGAAAAAAACAUAAAUUUUAUUUUCAACCUAUUAUUUCUUCAACAUUAGAAAUUAAACUUGUAAAUUCACAGGAAAAAGUGUUUAAAAAAGUUAUAAAAGUUAACAUUUAAAGCAAGAAUUCACUAAAAAGCUAAAGACUUGCUUUACUGGCAGCAGAUUGGUGACAAUAACUCAUCAGAAAGCCAGAUCACUUAUGACUCAUAUUCACACCCUUACAGACAAGGAUGCAUAAUACAAUAAUUUGGAGGUUGGUAAAGAAAACUGCUUUGGUAUUAAACGAAGUGUUACUAUUAGACAGUUAAUUUGGGAGGCUACAUUCUACUUCCCCCUUACUGCCAAGUGGUUCCCAAGCAGUGACUCCCAAAAGGGUUAGAACGUUUUCCGGAUCUCCUCCCUCCAGCGACAACACUAAAAUCAGGUCAAUUGUAAUUGUAAAGAAUAUGAAGUAUGAUAAUAAUUUUCAAUUUUCAUGCUUUACUUUGUGACUGUACAUAACAAGCUAGUUUAUUUACACUUUGUUCCUCUUCCUGGUAUUUUGAGAUUAGGAACAAUCGUCUCAGGAUCAGUUCUGUGUUUUCUUGAUAAUGAGAUUGAAGGAGAGCAGUCUAAUACCUGUUUGCACAAUCUUUCUGUGUCGUAUAGAGUCCCGGGUCCUGGGUCUUCAGCUCACCCCACAGGUCUUUUUUAAAUAAUAUUUAGUUCUGGGGACUGAGAUGGCUAAAAACAUUGAUUUUAUGUCUGGUGAGCCAUUUCUGUGUCGAAUUGCCCAUAUCCUUUAGACCAUUUUGGUUCUAGAAGAUCCAAUAAAAAUAAUUUUUGUUUUCUGCCAUAUUUUUCUUUCAAGUUCAAUCUAAGAAGGUUCCCAGUGCUUUUGGCUCACAGCGUCACAUAUCCUCACCAUACUUUACAAGGUAAGUGAGGAGUUGCAGUAGAUGUUCUGUUUUUUUUUAAUUUCCCAGAUGAGUUGUUGAUGGGCUCUUGGAGUCAUUUUGGUUCACCACUGCUCCAUGUUUAUUCCGUUCUUGGAUAUUCACCUUUCCUGAACGCUAGAUGUCAAUGACUUGUUUCUCAUCUGUUCUUAAGAUCUGGGUGUAAUGUGUUACUUCGUGUUGUCAGAUAGGUUCUAUUUAAGUCCUUUAUUUAUUUUACUAAUCAGGCAAUGCCCAAGGUUUGAUGAGUGGACUUGAACAUUAAAAUGAGGUUCAUCAGUCAUUUCAUGUUUAACAAGUAGACAAGAGGCCAGGCUGGUUUGAAUUAUCACUUGUUUUUCUUUUAAUAAAUGAAACCAUCAUCUAAAAACAGCUUUUUGUAUUUAUUGUGGUUUUCUUUGACAGAUAUUAAAAUUUGUAUGAUGAUCUGUAGCA